GAAGUGGAUUUGGACGUGUAAUUCCUGACUCUUCAGAUUUGCACUCUGGGUGGACAGGCGUGUGUUUUAUCUUCUGUGUCAUGAAGUGGAUUGAAACAGGAGCUGGAAGACGUGCUUUCUUCUGUUCAUCUGCUAGAUUUCAAGGACAAAUCCUAACAUUAUAGAUGUGUUUAUUUCGGAAGGAGCUGCAGGAAAUACACUCUGAAACAAACAAACAAAAUCAAACCAGUGUCAAGAUCAAGAAGAGUCGGAGAUUUGGCUAAUUAAAAAAAAAAAAAAAAAACAGAAAAGAAGAGUGAUUUGCUGUAUUUGGUCAUGAGGAUGGAGAGGCUAACUGCUGACACAUUGGAGGAACAUUCACAACAGUCUUGUGGUGGAGAUUUGAAACAGAAAACCGUUUUGUGAAGAAUUUCUGGCAGACUUCUCCUAUGGAGCUGGCUAGAUAACAGUUAGCCGGCUAGCUAACUAGCUUGCAGUGCUAACUGUUCGAGUCUUGGGUAACAUGGAUGUUCAUUUUAGUCAAGUUAAGCCGAAAGGAGAAAUAAUUAUAGAGUUCUACAGCAUUUAAAGGACAUUUUAGUGAGUUGUUGGCUUAAAACUGUUUUAAUAGCGAGUUACUGUAACUGUAACGGUGUAACUGUUAGUUUAUGUAGCGUGCCUGGAGAUACUUUGUUUUCAACAACAACAACAACAACAACAGCAGCAACAACAACAGCAACAACAACUAAUAAGACUUUCUCAAACCCCUUCUCUGGACUGUGUUUUUUAAACCAUGGGUUCAUUAAAAGCCCUCCAGGAGUGGUGUAGGUUGCAGUGUGAGGGAUAUCAUGAUGUGGACAUUAAGAACAUGUCAGUGUCCUUCAGAGAUGGACUGGCUUUCUGUGCUCUGAUCCACAAACACAGGCCUGAUUUAAUAGACUUCGACUCCCUCUCCAAAGAAAAUGUCUACGAGAACAACCGGCUGGCGUUUGAGGUGGCAGAGACAGAGCUGGGUAUUCCGGCCCUGUUGGACGCUGACGACAUGGUGUCUAUGAAAGUGCCUGACCGUCUCAGCAUCAUCACCUACGUCUCUCAGUACUACAACUACUUCACCAACAAAUCUCAAGCUAAUCCUCCCUGUAUGAAGAGACCGGGCAGUUCAGGCCAUAUUGAACCAACAAUAAAGAAACCACCCAUACCCCUAGAAGACAAAACCGCGACAUCUGAGCCGAAUGCAGACAGCGAAUCAAAACGCAGCAACCUGAGCAGUACGUGUGCUGCCUGUGAGAAACAUGUUCAUCUGGUGCAGAGGUUCCUCGUUGAUGGCAAACUCUACCACCGUAACUGUUUCAGGUGUAUGGAAUGUAGCAGCACUUUACUGCCUGGCUCUUAUAAACUCAUGGGAGAUGCUGGGUCCCUGGUCUGCACACACCACUUCACCAGGAUAUCUUCAAACAGCCAGAACGGUCGUCCAGAUCUGAGCAAGCAGCUUAGCCCAGUAUCAUCGAACGCCAGCCCUGAAUCCCUUCCAAGUGGGGGAAGUUUGGAAAAAGCACUGCCAGGUUGCGAUGCCAAUGAACACAUAACUCCAUCUGAUAACUCGCCCAAAACACACUCUCUGGAAAGAGAGAUCAGGCAGAAUGAAAAAGGAGGGGAGGAGAUAAGAGAGGAAUUUGAGAAUAGUGCGAAAGAAGAGAUAGAACCCUGCCCUCCCAGUCCGCCAAAUCCUUUUGAAGAAUCUGACGAAGAGGAACUAAAGGAGCAAGAGUCGCCACAGCCAGCUGCAGAAGUCGCUAAUGGCGUCAUUCCCCUGACCCCAGUAAGGAGCACCGCAGGAGAGAAUCGACCAAUACCUGCCCCUAGAAAAGUGUCUGACCCCUCCCCUAGUGUGCGUCCUGUGCCCAAGCCACGGCCACCAAGACCCUUGCAGAGUCCAGCAGUCAAUGAAAAUGAAGGUGAUCGCAGACCAGUUCCACGUGAAAGAUCCCGGUCACCUGCAAGCUCCGUUCAAUCCAGUGACACUCCCAAACCCAAAGACCCUCCCUGGCUGGCUCUUGUCAAACAAGAGUCCAAGAAAAAGUUGGCUCCUCCUCCUCCCAGACCUGUAGCCACUCCGCCGCACUCUACGUCCACUCCUGCCAAGAUCGAGGAGGCACCUCAUCCAGCCACACCCCCUAAUCCUUUUGAUGAUGACAACAAUGAGGGGGCAGAGGCUGAAUCUGCAGAAGCACCAGUCCCGUCUUCUGUGGUUGCAGUCCAUCCGUGGUAUGGAAUUUCCCAGACUGGUGAGGUCAACGCUGAGAGCCCCACCCACUCCGAGAGUCCAGGAAGUGGCAGGGGCAAAAAACGGCCAGCGCCCAGAGCCCCAAAAUCUGUCCCUACAGCUCUUCCUCCUUCUCAGUCUUCCUCUGCCUGUCCCUCUCCAGCUUUGAGCACCGAGAGCCUCUCCUCCUCUUCAUCAGACCACGGCUUCCCCCGAACCUCUGCCACCGCCGCUGUUUCCCAACAGCCGUCCCUUAAGGAACAGGAACAUCCGUUCACCAAAAGCGUGUCAGAACCAUCAAUCAACAGUCCUGGCUCUUCCCCCUCAGCUCUUUCAUCUGAACCUAAGUCGCAUCUCUCACCUAGUUCCUCCUCCUCCUCUCAGCCCCACAGUAAUACUUGCUCAGCGCCAGCCACACCAGAGACAAACAGGAGUGCAGGGAGCAAGGCAAUGAGACCGCCCCCUCCCCGCCCACCAGCUGCUCCAAGUCCUCUGAUUGGCUCUCCCUCCUCACAGCAAAACACGCCCAAUAAGAGGGUAAAUCCUUUUAAUCGGAAGGCCCCCCCAACAGUCACCUCCCCACAGUCCAGACCCCCCAAAGGCCCUCGACCCGCUCGCCCUCCUGCCCCCGGACACGGCUUUCCUCUCAUCAAACGCAAGGUGCAAUCAGAUCAGUACAUCCCUGUUGAGGACAUUCAUGUCGAGAUGGGGACACUUGAGAGGCAGUUGGACGAGCUGGAGCACAGAGGAGUGGAGCUGGAGCAGAGACUCAGAGACUGCUCUAACGAGGAAGAGGAGGAGCGGCUGCUGGUGGACUGGUUCACUCUGAUUCAUGAGAAACAUCUACUGGUACGCCGAGAGGCAGAGCUGGUGUACACGGUGAAGCAGCAGCACCUAGAAGAAAGGCAGGCUGACGUGGAAUACGAGCUUAGGUGUCUCCUCAACAAACCAGAGAAAGAGUGGAAUGAUGAGGAUCGAGACAGGGAGAAGCAGCUGAUGGACGAGUUGGUGACCAUCAUUGAGCAGAGGAACCAGAUUAUCAACAGCAUGGAUCAGGACAGACAGAGGGAAGAGGAGGAGGACAAGCUAGUGGCUGCCAUGUUAAAGAAAAAAGAGUUCCAUGCCGAGAGUGAACACAGGAAGAAGCCUGGGAAGUUUAAACCCAUGAAGGUGUUGAAAAGGCUGAGCAAUAAAGGCGACGUGGCAAAGAGCCCGAGUCCACAGAAAGAGAAAAGCUGAGCACGAUACACGAAAGGACAUAUUAACUUAAAGAUAAGGCUACAGAGAGUCCAUGUUGAACUCUGUAAUGACUAUACGGACAGCACAUUGGCUGGAUGUAAACUGACACCCUGAACACAGCCAGUUCUCAUUAUAACUUACCUUUGUACAUCAAUGCAGUGUCAUUAAUUAAUGAGGAACACAAGCCUAACAAUGGCUCUUACCCCAUACCUUUUCAUUAGUAAAUACAAAUCUAAAGAAAAAAAAUGUAAUUUACCCUACAUAGUUAAUCAGCCAAGACACGUCUGUUGUCUGCCAUUUACAUUUUUUAAGUUUUGCACUGGAACCUGUGUGUGGUGGCCUGGGAAACCCUUCUCAUGGUGAAAUUCUGACAUUUUCUGCUGUAAUGUAGCUCUGAAAACUACACUUUCCUCAACUGAAAUAUGUUUUUGAUUUGCGUGUAUCCGAACCACAAGUAGUUAUAGCAUUUAAAAAAAAAACCUACCCCGAUUUUCCGACAUGCCCAAACCACCACACAGAACUAUUCCUUUAAGAUUGGAACGUUAAUCUUUUUGUCAAGAAGCAAAAAUGCAAGAAUGAAAAAAAAUCAAGAACUGUUAGAAUCAGGAAUGAAAAGCUUUGCUUGCUCAUUCAUGCAUUUUAGGUACUUAUCUAAUCUCUUAGCGUGUUCGGGUGCUGUGUAUAGUGUACUCAUGCGGUUUAGGAUGUCUACCUAGAUUUAAAAAAAAAAAAGUAUGAGGCUUGGAGAAUACGUGGACAAGCAGAACCUGGAGGCUUUUAAAAACCUGUAUACAUGUAUACAGUCUGGUGCUAGGGGAAGGGAAAGUUACUAACAUAUCUGAUGCAACUCUUAUGCAGAGCUAUAACCCAUCAUGCAAUGCGCUUCCUCAGUGUAGUUUUCCCAGCAACAUGGGGCAUGCACAGUAUAUUGACAGUGUGAUAUGAUAAAAAUGUCUUUGGGCAGGAAGAGCGUGACAACCCUUAAUUGUAUUCAGUGGUCAUGUGACUACAAUGUGCAUCAUGGACCUGGAAAAAUAGCCUAACCAGUGAAGUUAGCAAGGAAAGGAAGACGUCAUUACUCAUGAAUAUGAACGCUAAUAAUGCUAUUAUAAUACUUACUACGGCAUUUACAGUCAGUUUCAUGUCUGGUUGUGUAAAACUGGGCUCUAGCUGUUUCUAACGUAAAAAAAGAGGCCACAGUUUCUUAACUUAAACUAGCUAUUUCUUAAACGGUAAAAAGACAACCUUUACAAAGUGACUAACUUUUUAAAUGUAGGAAUAUUUUAUUACCAUGCGGUAUUAACUGAAAUUGCUCACCAUGUUUAGGAAGCCCUGUAAAAGCUGAAUUUGCAGUACCAUGUUUAAUCCAUACUCUGACAUACCUUUGCUUGUUUUGAGUGGAAAUUUAGUGUGAGGUUCUGUUUUAAUUCUGAGAGCCCUGAAGUGAGCGUCUGUCUUAAAGUGUACUGUUGUUUAUGUAUUUAUAAAGAAAGUCUUGUUGUAGAAUA